AUGUCUUCUCGGCCCCGGACUCGGUCGUGCGCCUGCGUUCGGUCUGGCUUUGAGUGCUCGUAUCCACCUGCUGGCCUGCCUGCGAGACGGGCCAAGAAGACGACGAUUAAUGAUGUUGCAAGUCGGAUUUCGCAGAUGGAGAAGACGAUUGAGGCGUUCAAGGCUGGACAAGAUGUGUCGCCGCAACCGACGGUGUCUGCAGGUUCAGUGACGUCUGCGAAUAGUGUUCCAACACCAGCUAGUACAGCUACGGAUGCUGAGACCAGAGAGAGGGUCAGAGGUUCUCGUGAGGGUCUGUUGCUGAAUAAAGGGACAAGUAGUCACUAUGUAAAUGAAGUUCUCUUCUCCCGAGUCAUCGAGCAGGAACAUGAUGUGCGAAUGGCCUUGGCAACCCCCAGAGAGGAGCCGCCUCAUGAAGUUGACUCUCCUAUAUGUCACUUGAAUCCCAUGGGAUGGCUAUCGGCCGGAAUAGCAUCAGUAUCUACCGCCAUUUACCAUCCUCAAAGACGUGUGGCCAUUCGACUAUGGAAAGUCUUUGUCGAUGGUGUUGAUCCUUACGUCAAGGUUCUGCACAUCCCUACCGCCGAGACAACACUCUACACAGUCAUAGGUGACCCGACCAAAGCCUCGAACGAAAACUUGGCUCUUUGCUUUGCCAUCUAUUUCGCUGCUGUCACGGCCACGCCCUCCGAUGACGCGCUCGACAUUACUGGUGAAGACAAAAAACAAGCUCUCCUUCGGUACAGGAUGUGUCUAGAGCAAUCAAUGGCCCAGUCAGACUUCCUCGAGAAUCCUACAAUCGCUUCUCUCCAGGCAAUGGCUAUUUAUGGGGCCGCCAUGCGGGUCCAUAACUCAUGUCGAGCUGUCUGGAUCAUGAAUGGCCUCGCACUUCGAGCCGCUCAGUCAAUAGGUUUGCACAGAGACGGCAGCAAGCUUGGUCUUUCACCCUUUGAGUCAGAAUUGCGACGUCGAAUAUGGUGGUAUUUCCAAGAGCGAGAUGGAAGAGGCGCUGAGGACUAUGGACUACAGAACCCAGCCGCUACUACCGUUCCCAGUGUUGAGCUACCGCGAAACUUACACGAUAGCGAUCUUUCUCCGGGGAUGAAAGAGCUUCCACCGUCGAGGCCGGAUUGGACACGGAUGACGUUACAGCUGUGCUGCAACCAAUCAUCUCAAGCUUGGGCUCACCUCUUCCAUAUGAGUUGCUCUGCGGAUGGCAUACCAGAUGAAGAUGUACGAAGACGAGUCAUCAAAGAUGCCGUUGAUAAGGUUGAAGGAAUUCUGCAGCGUUGCAACCCCGUGAUACCAGAACAAAGAAUGACGAUCCGAACCGCACGUCUCAUUCUCUGCAAAGUCGACGUAGUGUCUCGUCGUCAAUGGCAGAUCCUCCGCUCCCCCGAUGACCAACCCCCAAUGGCCACAGAAGCCGAACUCACCGAAGCAGUCGAACUCCUCGAGCUCUCCAACCUCAUGUGGCAAGACGACGACCUAGUCGCCUACCAGUGGCUCGCCCGCUCGUAUCCGCAAUACCACAUAAUGCUCUUCAUCCUGCGCCACCUGUGCGUUUGUCCGCGCGGAGAACUAGCAAAGCGAGCCUUUGCAGCCGUGGAGCUGCAGCAUGAGAAUUUCAAAUCGAAGGAGAAUAAGCCGCUGAGUGGGCUGAAGUGGACGGUGCUCACGACGUUGAGGGAGAGGGCGUUUUUGUUGAUGCAGCGGGUUGAGAGGGAGGGUGCGGGUGUGCAGUGGAAUGAGAGUCAGCGGAUGGAAAUGCAGGGGGAGAAUGGGCAGGGGAUGCAGAGUGGGAGUGAGGUUGCUGUUCCGGAUUGGAAUAUGAUUUUGGAGGAGUUUCCAUUAGACAUGGAAGACUUUUCGUUGAUUUUCUGA